AUGCUUGCUCUGGCUUCCUGGAGUUCUGGCAACCUUGACAGUGAGGGAACCAGGACUGCUUACAAGUGCACAUGGAAGGGGUGCGACUUCCUCACCUUGACCUGCUCUGUGGUUGAGAACCACGUGAAGGACACCCACUUGGGGGACGAAAUUGACGACUUGGCGUUCUACUAUACGGAGAUUGACGUACCAGAGGAGAACUUCUUCGACGUACUACACGCACUGGAGGAUGGAGUGGGAGCGAAACAAAAAUUCGUGGUGGGCAGUGUUCAGGAGCGACAUCUGGCGGAGACGCGGGAUGUGUUGAGAGGCAGCGGCGACUCCUACGUUGGAUUCCACGCAUCAUCCGCACCCACCUUGUCACACAUGGACAUGGCCCGACCACCGCAUGAGAACCCGGACUUGAUGUCACACUCACCUUCCCAAAGGACAACAGCAGUGCCAAUUUCCAUCCCCCAGAGAGGAAUAUCUUGGCAUCCCUAUGGAGGCUCACCAUUGUCCCCGCACAAGUAUGCCAGACACAGUCCAAAGCCAGGCACAUCUCCCAAAAUGGUGCUGGUGAGCAGGAGUCGCAGGGCAGAGAGCAAAAAGUGCAGAAAAGUCUAUGGUGUGGACAACAGGGACUUGUGGUGCACCCAGUGCAAAUGGAAGAAAGCCUGCACCAGGUUCCAAGAAUAAUGAAACAAAAAGCAAAAAAAAGAAAGAAAGAAAUACAACGUCCAUUUCUUUUUCUUCUUCCUUCUUUCCUGCCUUCCUGCCUUCCAUCCAUCCAUCCUUUCCCAAAGGUUCUGUGUAACCCUUGACAUUUUGUUACCAAGUGUGGGGAGAGUCCUGCCAAAACAAUCAAGCAUUUGUGUUUUUUUUGUGAGGGGGGGGAUUUGGGGACAGAGAGACAGAUGAAAGGUGCUUAAAGAGUUUCUGUUGGAAUUUUUUGGCUUUUUUUCUGGCAACACUGGUGUUGGUAAUUCCCUUUCCUGUGCACCUGAGGCUGACAUGCAGAGUUAAUCAGAAUGAAUGAUUUUUUUUAUGAUCAGGACAGGCAGAGAGAGAAAGAGAGACUGGAAGUCAUUACUCAGGGCGUUUUGGCAACACACAAUUUCUAUAUUUUUUUGUUUUGUGUUUUUUUUUUUGCAGCAGGGGUGCUUCCUGGGAUGCAAUGAAACUUGAGAGAAAUCCUUGCCUUUUAUGCUUAGAGAGGAGAUUUUUUAUGAUUAUUAUUAUUAUUAUCAUUUUGCCCUGGGUUUGCUUGCAGUGCAAAAGGGAUGUGGUGAGAGAAACAUAUGGUUUUUCUGAGAUUGCAACUUGGAGUACAAAGAGAAAAGGGAAAAAAUACGUGGAUUGCUUUUGUGUGAAUAGAGAACUUUUUUUGGAGGGUCGAGGAGGUUCUGUUCAAUCGGUUGCGCGGUUUUUCUCCUUUUUUCAUUUGUGCUGCUGUGUAUCCUGAUUUUUAUUAAUUUGAAGGAAGAAAAAUAUAUCCAUGCAUGAAAAAAAA